AUGGACAAGGCGGAGGCGGACCUCAAGGUACGCAUUGCCGAGACGCAAACUUGGUUCCGCCAAGCUUGUGAGGAGCUGAAGGCCGCCCAGGGCGACCUGGCCAAGCGUGAUGUGGAGCUCACCACGAAGCGGGCUGACAUCGAGAAGGCCCAAGAGACGGCGGAGAACCUAGCCGCCACAGCCGAGGCUUCACUGUUGGCGGCUUCCGCCCAGGCCGCUGAAGCUUCUGAACUCAAGCGGAAGCUGAAGCUGGCUGAUGACGAGAUCGACCGCAUUAACAAGCGGUUUGAUGAGGCACAAGGCAGCGCGACCGAGGUCGAGACCCUCAAGAGUGCCCUUGUCGAAGCCAAGGAGGAGGCGAAGGUGAGCAAAGUGGCCGCAGACAAAGCGGCUGCGGAUUUAAAGGCCGAUCAGGUUACCCAUAGUAAGUGUGAGGAGCGGGUGACCGAAGUGGAGCAGGCGCUCCAGGAUGCCGCCAACAAGUGUGAGGCCUUGGAGGAGAGUAAUAAGGCCCAAGCGACCGAACUCACCAAGGCUCUUCAAGAGGCAAAGGAGGCGCGGAGCGAGUCCCGGGCGGCUCGUGAGGAGAUCAAGCAAGCCCGACAAAUAGCGGCUGGGGAGGCGUUCGGCAUGUCACGCUACUCCAGGGGCGGCUCCAAGGAGAGUGGCUCCGGCGCCGAGAAAGGCUUCUAA